AUGAUGACAUUGCACAGGCAGUUUCGGCGUCGGGCAGUUAUCGUAUUGGCAUUAGUUGGUCUCAUCAUUUGGCAUUUACAUUGGCAGAGGCACGACGCAUCAAUUGAAGUGACUCAGUACCCGCUGCUUUCGAAAUACGUCUCUAGCAAGAGGGGGAAUGGCGGAGCUUGGCACAUCCCACCAGAUUGGGUAGAGGGAUCUGGCGCUACUAUUGAGAACAUCAUCGAUGCGGCCAAGUUAGCUCUCAAUGCAUCCAGAUCCCUGCCAGAGAGGCAAGUUCCGCACUCUACUAUCCCUCUGAUAAUCCACCAAACAUGGAAGGAUACAAAUCUCGAUCAAUGGCCAAAGAAAUUCCGCCAGAGCGCAGAAACAUGGUUGUCAGGCGUUGAUAGUGGCAACAUGGCGUACUUUCUGUGGGAUGACACCGGCAUCGCUGAAUUCAUGCGGCACUUUGAGCCGGAGAUAGAGAGUCAGUUCUACGCACUGCCGAGCAAUGUGGAGCGAUCAGACGUGUUUCGUGUCCUGGUUUCCAAAUGGAUUGGAGGAAUAUACGGUGAUAUGGACACCGAACCCACUCGACCUCCGUCAACAUGGGUUGCUCCUGCGGAUCUACAGCCCUGGCAAGAUCCGGAGACUGGCAAGAUGUACAACUCAACCGAGCCCGUCAAAGCUAUCGUUGGUCUUGAGGCAGACUGCCUACCUGACAGUGACCUCUACUGGCGUAUGGGCUACUUCUACCCUAUUCAACUGACGCAGUGGUCAUUUGCAUGGGCGCCCGGACACCCUAUCCUACAAUUAUUCAUUGACCGUCUGUUCGCAACCAUUCAGGCGGUUUCUGAGAAAAAUGGAGGACAGCUCCAAUCACACUUAUCUCAAAACGCUCUCUAUGAUAUCGACCCAUUAAAUCUCACCGGGCCAGUCGCAUUCACGGAUGCCACUCGAGGGUGGUUGGAAACCGACUAUGGUUUAAGGUGGAAUGCCUUAUCCGGGUUAACCGAUGGAGGGCUAAGCAAAUUAGUGGGCGAUGUUCUUGUCCUGCCGAUUACCGGAUUCAGUACCUUUAACGGAAAAUGCAUUGUCUUGGCAUCAGACGUGAGCAAUAUCUCCCACUCUGGAUUUAGGCAGCGCUUGGAUAUCACAACACUAAACAUGCCCGCCAGCCUCGAGUGUGAUGGGUAUGAGCUCGACUCCGAGUCAUUACUUGGUCGGAGAAAUCGCGACCUGCGUGUGUCUGAAUGGCGACAUCACACCUUCGCCCUCCAUUGGACAAGGAAAACACUGACCGCGCUAUUAACCCGCGUUUUCCUCAUCUUAGCCCAGGCCUUGGGUGUGCUCUUUGGAUUGAGAAUCGGACGCCGAGGUUGGUUCUUGACGCUUAGAAGCCGAGUGCAGAGAAGCGGGUUUCAAGGGCGCGGUAACAUCGAGAACAAGCAGGUCUUCAUUGCGGCUGUUCUUUAUGACCCCCAAGGGGAAUUUGCCAGCGGAAAAUGGGGACAGGCCGUUCUCCAGCUCAUUGAACUUCUUGGGGAGCAAAAUGUUUUUCUAAGCUUAUACGAAAACAAUAGUGGGCGAGAAGGCGAAAAUGCCAUUCGCGCUCUAGCGGACAAGGUGACGUGCGACAAGUCGAUCGUAUCAGAGCCAGGUCUCAGUUUAGGAGGAAUACCGAGAGUGACCAUCCCAGGAGAAGAGACGCGCAUCAGGCGCAUUGAUUAUCUGGCUGAAGUCCGAAACCGUGCUUUGCAACCACUACAAAAUGGCAACACGACGUACGACAAACUUUUAUAUCUGAACGAUGUUAUUUUCGAUCCCGUCGAAGCCCUACAGCUUCUGUUCUGCACCAACGCCGACGCUAAUGGUGUAGCGCAAUACCGAGCUGCGUGUGCAAUGGACUUCAGUAACGCCUUCAAGUUUUAUGACACCUACGCAACCCGCGACCUACAAGGCUAUGGAAUUGGCCUACCGUUCUACCCCUGGUUUACUACGGCGGGGAGGGCACAGAGUAGACAGGACGUGCUAGAGGGUAGAGAUGCUGUCCGCGUCCGCAGCUGUUGGGGCGGUAUGACUGCAUUUGAUGCCCACUUUUUCCAGGGUGGGAAUCCUGUUCGAUUUCGCGCGGACUCUGAGAUAUUUUGGGAUGCCUCCGAGUGCUGUAUCAUUCAUGCAGACAUACAGAGUGCAGCAUCGAACUCGGAAGAAUCUGAAGUCUCGGGAUCAUACAUCAAUCCCUUCGUUCGGGUCGCUUAUGACGAGAAAAGCCAUUCGUGGCUUUGGAUCACUCGACGUUUCGAGAAACUGUAUCCAUUCAUUCACAACAUCUUGAACCACCUCGUUGGACUUCCUCAAUACAACCCUCGCCGUGCCGAGGUAUUUGGCCAAAAGGUCAUGGACACUGUUUGGGUACCUGGCGAUGGUGAAGGACAACAGGGUCAAGUUCGGACCAUGCAGCGGGAAGCUGGAAAUGACGGCUUUUGCGGACGUCGUGGACUCGAAGUCCUUGUUGAAGAAAGAAUGCCUGGUCAAGAUGGGUUUGAGGCUAUCAGGGUUCCAGCCGGCUUGGAUUAG